AAUGGACAGACGAAAUGGACUAAGCUUCACCAAACACCUCUCCUUAGUCCUUUCUCACUCUUUUUUUCCUCCAUGUGGAAAGGCAAAGUCAAUGGCCCACACUGUUCAGUAUUAUCCUGUUCUCUCUCCUUUGAUGACAUCGUGUGCAGUCGUUCUCAAACUUUGCUCACUUGUUUAUUGAGCAUCGCCUUCUUAUAACAGUUCUUUUCGUGGGAAGAGUAGAACAUUUGAAUGCGCAGCGCGAAGUUUAGCGAAUCCAUGGUUUCUGCCUUUGUCUUGUUCCUUCAAUGGAUUCUGUGCUUCGUUUCCGUCGUCGGAAGGGGAGCCCAAGCUCAAGGCCAGAGCACCACAGACCCAGUUGAAGUGAGCGCUUUCAGAAGCAUAUCAAAGCAUUGGAACCUCUCGUCAUCUGCUUCAUGGAAUCUAACUGAACCCUGCAGCGGCACUGCCAUUGAUGCUUCCACAAUCGUUGACACGCGCUAUGACCCCGCGAUCAAGUGUUCCUGCAGCAAUGGAACUUGCCAUAUCACCAAACUGAAAGUUUAUGCUCUGAGUAUCAGGGGAACUAUACCAGAAGCUCUUGCAAAUCUUACUUUACUUGAUGAUUUAAAUCUGGGUCAAAAUUAUCUGACAGGUCCAUUGCCUGCAUUCAUUGGCAAUUUAACCUCCUUGGAACGCUUGACGUUUGGUAUUAAUGCUCUCUCUGGGACUGUUCCGAAGGAACUUGGAAAACUUAUAAGACUUAAGUUACUGGGUCUUGGAUCAAAUAAUUUCUCAGGCCCUCUUCCUCCUGAGCUUGGAAACUUGGUGAACUUGCAAGAACUGUAUAUUGAUAGCGCUGUUCUCAGUGGCCCAAUUCCUUCAACAUUCAUAAAUCUAAUGAAAUUGAAAAUAGUGUGGGCAUCAGACAACCUAUUUACUGGAAAGAUACCUGACCUCAUAUGCAAUUGGACGGAACUUACUGACCUGAGGCUUGAAGGGAGCUUUUCACAGGGUCCAAUACCAUCAGGGUUCUCUAAUUUAACAUCAAUGAUAAAUCUGCGUAUAAGUGAUCUGUCAAAUGGGAGCUCUUCCUUAUCAUUUAUUAGAAAUAUGAAAUCUCUAAGCACUUUAGUAUUGAGAAAUGUCAAGCUGUCUGGCAGUAUUCCAACUGAUAUUUGGAGUUAUCAAGAAUUGAAGCAUUUGGACCUCAGUUUCAAUAACCUAAACGGUCAAAUUCCAAGCUCCCUCCUCAAUAUGAAUUCACUUUCCAACUUGUACCUUGGAAGCAACCUUUUAUCUGGUUUAAUACCAUCCACAAAAAGUUCAAAUCUUCUCAAUGUAGACUUGUCAUACAACAAUUUAUCUGGAAGCCUUCCUCCUUGGUUGGGUGAAAACAAUUUGAAAAUUAAUUUGGUUGGAAACUCCUUGGUCAUUGAUGGUUCUAACAACAGUGGUUUGCCUGCUGGAUUGAUGUGUCUUCAACGGGACUUCUCAUGCAACAAAAAUCCUCCUAUUUCGACGACCGGUGGACGAACGACAGCGACUGUGGACGAUUCUUCAUUUGCAAUUAAAUGUGGUGGUCCACAGAUUACAUCUUCAACUGGCAUAGUGUUUGAUGGAGAGAAUGAGGAUCUUGGUGCUUCAUCAUAUUAUAUGAUCAACACAGAGAGAUGGGCAGUGAGUAACAAUGGGAUGUUUCUUGCUAACAAUAAUGCUCAGUUUACGCAGAACAGCUCAUCACAAUUUACCAACACAUUAGAUUCGAACUUAUUCCAAACUGCAAGGCUAUCUCCAGUUUCAUUGCGAUAUUAUGGACUUGGCCUCCAAAACGGAAACUACACAGUGAAUCUUCUAUUUGCUGAAUCAGUUUUCCCAGAUUCACCUAUUUGGCAAAGUGUUGGAAGGCGUAUUUUUGAUAUUUAUGUUCAAGGAAACUUGGUGCUUAAAGAUUUUGACAUAAGAAGGCAGGCAGGUGGAGUUUCAUUUAGAGCUGUUUCAUUGAACUUUACGGCCAAUGUAUCUCAUAACUUCCUCGAAAUUCACCUUUACUGGGCUGGAAAGGGAACGUGCUGCAUCCCUGCUCAAGGAACUUAUGGGCCAUCUAUUUCAGCAAUUAGUGUUACUCCAGAUUUUGUGCCAACUGUUUGCAAUCGCCCACCAGGCAUGUGCUUCAGAAAGAAAAAGGCAACAAGUGCUGUCAUUGGAAUUUCUGUUGCCGCUGGAGUGGUUAUAAUUACUUUCCUUCUGGUAAUUUUUGUUUUGCGACAGAGAAAAAGGAGGCUCCACCUUCAAAAUGCAAAUGCAGAGCUCUCAGGAACAGGUGUGAAACCAAAUAUAUUUAGCUAUGCUGAACUACAGGUUGGAACAAACGAUUUCAAUGCUGCAAACAAGUUAGGAGAAGGGGGAUUUGGACCAGUAUAUCAGGGCACACUUUCAGAUGGGAGGGUUGUGGCUGUGAAGCAACUUUCAGCAGCAUCACUUCAAGGAAAGAGUCAGUUCCUCACUGAAAUCGCGACCAUUUCUGCAGUGAAACACAGAAACCUUGUGAAGUUGCAUGGAUGUUGCCUCGAGGGGGAUAAAUAUCUCCUAGUCUAUGAGUAUCUUGAAAACAAAAGCCUUGAUCAAGUUCUCUUUGGAAACAAGGGACUGAAUUUGAAUUGGCCUGCUCGCUUUCGCAUCUGUUUGGGAACUGCUCGAGCACUUGCUUAUCUUCAUGAAGGAUCUGGGGUAAAAAUUGUACAUAGGGAUGUCAAAGCAAGCAAUAUUCUACUUGACGCUGAGCUUAAUCCAAAAAUUUCUGAUUUUGGUAUGGCCAAGCUUUACGAUGAUACCAAAUCACACCUUAGCACAAGAGUUGCGGGAACAGUUGGAUAUCUUGCACCAGAAUAUGCAAUGCGUGGACAUUUAACUGAAAAGGCGGAUGUGUACGGAUUUGGGGUUCUUGCUCUUGAGAUUAUUAGUGGAAGGCCUAAUGCAGACACUAGUUUAGACCAAAAGGAGAUAUAUCUUCUGGAAUGGUGUUUUACAAUUUUGCAGGCCUGGCAUUUACAUGAAAACAAUAGCCACUUGAAAUUGGUGGAUCCAACUCUAACUGUAUACGAUAAAGAAGAAGCUCUCCGAGUGAUUAGAGUUGCCCUUUUGUGCACACAAGCAUCGGCAUCACUACGUCCACGCAUGUCUCGUGCCAUUGCCAUGUUGUCAGGUGACAUAGAAGUGAGCGCUGCAACAUCAAGGCCUGCAUAUCUUACUGAUUGGCACUUCCAGGAUAUAAGCAGCACAAUUGAUACCAAUGCAUCCACAUCCAAGAUGACUGCAACCACAGGUUCUGAUAACUACCAAACUACACCAGUAACCACAAGUACGAUAACCGAGGGAAGUCACUUGCCCUACAGUGAUACACACACAAUAUUUCAACAUUCACGAAGCAUUGGUGACGAUGAUGUCCAUGAAAUAAGGUUUUAAAUUUUUAAUCUAUAUAUAUCAUAGUAGUUAGAUAUGGACAGUUUUUAGUUUCUUUCAUCAUCUGUGCUCUUUUUAUUAUUGUGUUUUUGUACCAUAUAAAAAUGAACGAGUGCUGGUUUAGCCUUUUUUAAUGAAAUGGAGACUGGAAGAUGUAUCAGAACUGCUUACAUAAGAGGCAUUUUUAUCA